AUGGACUUGACCACCAUGCAAAGCGUCUUCACCUUCCCCAGGAGGCAAACGCUCCGCAGAAAAGCAAGUGCAACUGGUGCUGUGUGCUUUGAGACUGGUGCUGUUGUCGGAGAGGGUGUUGAUCCAAAAUCUGAGCUGCUGAGAUGGGCAAACGAUCGCACAGCUUUCUCAACGACUCCAGUUUGUGCUCCAGAUGUCGAAGUGCCCAAGUUUACCCUGAGCCCUGGAAGAGCUCCGACCAAGUUGGAGACACAUCCAGAACGGCACUUUCUGGGUGCUGCUUCGUCACUUUCAGAUUCGUCCUCAAGUGACUUUGUUUCCGCUCUCUCCGAAAGCCAGCGAAACUUUCGGGUUGCUCCACAGCUGCCUCGUACAGCUCAACCAAUCAUCCCGCUGGUGUAUGGCACUAGGAAAGGCUGGCCAUUCUACGUGGAGUUUCUUUUCGCUUGGCAAGAGCAUGGCAAUGGAGAAGCUUGUCAGCUUGGAGUGCAAAGCUGCAAUGGUAGGAGUUCUACGAGUUCUACGAUGAGUUCUCCGAGUUCGUUUGGUCAAUUUAGUCCGUCUUUAAGCCAAAGUGAGGCCACAGUGGUACGCCUGAAAUUUUCGCCCAGUGCUGGAGCCGUUUUCCAGCAGAGAGCCGAGGGCUCCUUUCGUAUGUGGCCUUUGGAAGAUCUUUGGGUGGAUGCCUCGUUGCCUGGCACGCAGACGUUUCUGGAAGCAGGUGUAUACAUCGACACAAAAGGAGAGAUCUCUUUCUACCGUAAAGGACCUUACACACGAGAAAACAAAGGAGCGGUUGCUCGACAAUUGUCCUGGGAAGUUGCCGGAGGCUUCACAUGUUUCCCUGCCGUUUGCAGAGCGGUGGAAGGGUACGAUGGUUAUGAUGGUUUCAAACAUGCAAAUGAUCCAAAUGUAGAGCGUUUGCAAAGUUCAAAUGAAAUUCAGGACCAUUUUUACGUAGUUUUGUGCCUUUUGGACGAGCGUACUCCCUUGGAAGCACGCCUGGUGAAAGUUGGAUCUGUUCCGCCUUUGCCAGCACCAACAGUGCCCCGGCGAAGCUGGGUGCCUGAGACACAGGUCAGAACUUAG